CAUUCGUGACAAUAUAUUUCGGAGUGAGAGCUGCAAGAGAGCUGCGACAAGGAGAAAAUGGCGAGUGAUUUUGUUUUGGUUGUGGCGGCAGCACUAUCGAUCACUGCUGUGCUAUGGAAGCUAUGGAAGAGUAGAAUUAAAUCGUCUCUUCUUCCUCCAGGUCCCAUUGGGCUUCCACUGAUCGGCCAUCUCCACUUGCUCUUUGCAAAUCCUCCGCACACCGUGCUCCAGAGGCUGUCGGCUCGUCAUGGACCGAUCAUGUCGCUGCGAUUCGGGCAUGUGCCAGUGGUUGUCGCCUCCAGCCCAGCAGCCGCCAAGGAGUUCCUCAAGACCCACGACGCCGCCUUUGCGUCUCGCCCGCUGAGCGCCGCCGGGAGGAUCAUCGUCCACUACAACGCCGACAUCGUUUUCGCCCCUUAUGGCGACUCGUGGCGGCACUUGCGCAAGAUCGCGACGCUGGAACUCCUCACAGCUCGCCGGAUUGACAUGUUUCGGAGUGCGAGAAUGGAAGAAGUAAGAUCCAUGUGCCGAUCGCUACUAGUAGCAGAUGAUCGUGAGACGGGGAUUGUGGAUUUUGGCAAGGACACUGAAAAUGAGGAGGGGGCGAAAAAUUUUUUGGAAGUGAUUGCGGGCACGUUUGAAGUAUGUGGAGAGUUUCCAAUCGAGGAUUACUUCCCGUGGCUCCCCAAGUUUUUGGAUCCGGCAGAACAUCGUAUGCAUUCCCUAGCUAAAUCCUUGCACGAGUUCCUCGGGGACAACAUCUCCGAGCACGAGAACAAGAGAAAGAACAACAAGAAGAAUAACACUGACGAGGAUUUCUUAGACAUCCUCCUCUCUCUGAGAGACAAUGGUGACAAGCAUCUACAAAACGAAAACAUCAGAAGUGUCAUGACAAACUUGGUCACGGCCGGAACCGACACCUCAGCAGUGACGCUCGAGUGGGCGAUGGCCGAGUCAAUCAAAAACCCCACCAUCGCCGCCAAAGCCCGAGAAGAAAUCGAGCUAGUUCUCGGUGAGAAGUGGAGGACGAAGAUGGUGGAAGAGCCUGAUCUUUCACAGCUAACUUAUCUCCAAGCCAUCGUCAAGGAGACACUCCGGCUGCAUCCUGCGGGACCGCUGCUGGUCCCCCACCAAUCCACCGAGGCGGUUAGCAAUGUAAUGGGGUACCAUGUACCACGCGGCACGACGGUGCUCAUCAAUGCCUACGCCAUCGCCAGAGACUCUACCGCCUGGGGUGACGACGCGCUGCUCUUCCGGCCCGAGAGAUUCCUUGGCACGGAUCUGGACAUCCGGGGCAGGGACUUCGAGGCUGUCCCGUUUGGAUCGGGGCGGCGACAAUGCCCGGGAAUGGCACUGGCGCUCACCACUGUCCAUCUCACGCUUGCCAACCUCCUCCAUGGAUUCGAGUGGAGAGAGCCCAGCGGUGAGAGCAUCGACACGAGCAAGGAGCAGUAUGGAUUGACGCUGCUCUUGGCAAAGAAGCUGCGACUGAUCGCCACCCCACGGCUAGAACAAGGUACCUUAUAGCU